AUGGAACUCAUGUAUUCUUCAACAUAUGGUAUUGGUAAUAUGAUGGCAAGUUCAGCUCUGAUGAUGAAGGUUGAGGCCAUCCGCAAAACCUUGAAGGUCUGCUCUGGAAGUGGGUAUGGUAAAAUAGAAAUUGAAUUUGACUCUUUGAAAGUAGUUCAAAUGCUUUCUGGUCAGAGACAACCUGAUGCGGAUGUGGAAGGGAUCAUCUAUGAUGUACUGAUGUUGACGCAGACAGUCUAG